AUGUUCAUGGCGGCCGUGCCAAUCGCCCUCUUCUUGCAAAUUGGCUUUGUCAUCUUUGCACCCGAAACGCCGCGCUAUCUGAUCAAGCAGCGGCAUGAGGCGGCAGCACGACGAGUGCUCGCGCUUUUCCGCCACCCUGCCGCCAUCGACCUGGAAGUGUCGGAAGUUCACGCGGCCAACCAGGAAGCUGAGGGCAUGUGGCGCGAUCUCCUAGAGCCCAACGUUCUUUAUGGACUCUACGUUGGGGCCAUGCUCAGUGCCAUCCAGCAGUUUACCGGUGUCAACGCUGUCAACUUUUACGCCCAGACUGUCCUCACUGACGCUGGGUUUUCAAAGUCCAAGGCGUUUUUCUUCAGCAUCUUUAUUGGCGUCGUCAAGGUGUUUUUUGUGGCCGUGGCUGUGGUCUUGAUUGAUCGCGCUGGCCGUCGAAUCCUGAUCCUUGUUGGCAUUGUGGGUAUGACGGUCAGCACUCUGUUGCUUGCUGCCAUGUUUCAGAUACGUGAAUCCACGGGCAGCAUCAGCACGGGCGAGGGUUGGAUUGCCCUGGUCUCGCUCUUUUGCUUCAUGGGUUUUUACGAAGUGUCACUAGGACCUGCUGUAUGGCUGUACUUGUCGGAGAUUUUUCCGCUCAAGGUAAAUCACGGUUAUGGGGGUGCUGCCUGGACCUGUGUGUGUAUGUGUGUGUGUGUGUGUGUGUGUGUGUGUGUGUGUGUGUGUGUGUGUGUGUGUGUGUGUGUGUGUGUGUGUAUCAAGGGCAAGGCUCUCUCCGUCUCAGGUUUUCUCAAUUGGCUCUUCGUCUUGGUUGUAAGCCAAACGUUCCCGCUGAUGUGCUCGCUCGUGUCGCGCGCUCACACACACACACACACGGACGAGAGAGCAGAACGGGACAAGAUGGCGGCACCUCAUGAGCAGGAUGAGUCAGUGGCAGCGGCUGAGGUCGACGUCGUUGAUGUGGAUGCGGAGGAUGAUGUCAAGAGCCCUAAGUCGCACUGCCGUUUCUACAAGCCCAAGUUUCCUGAGGUUGAUGAUGUGGUCAUGGUCAACGUCAAGUCCAUCCAGGAGAUGGGCGCGUACGUACAGCUGCUGGAGUAUGAUGGCAUUGAUGGCAUGAUUCUGCUCAGCGAACUGUCGCGUCGUCGUAUCCGGUCGCUGAACAAGCUGAUUCGCGUCGGUCGCCAUGAGUGUGUCGUGGUCAUGCGCGUGGAUGAGGAGAAGGGUUACAUUGAUCUUUCCAAGCGCCGCGUCAGUCCCGAGGAAGCCAAAAAGUGCGAAGACAAAUUCAACCGCGCCAAGAUUGUCAAUUCCAUCCUCCGUAACGUUGCGGACAACACCAACUUUGAUCUUGAGACGCUGUACGAGCAGACGGCCUGGAAGCUGGAGGCCACUUCGGGCCCCUCCUCUUCUUUUGACCUGUUCAAGCUUGCCAUUACAGAAAAGCCCGAAAUCUUCGAUUCGUUUGAUAUCCCCGAGGAGAUCAAGGAUGCUCUGCGCAAGAAGAUCCAACAUCGGUUGACGCCUCAGGCUGAAAAGAUCCGUGCCGAUAUCGAUGUGACCUGCUAUGCAUAUGAGGGCAUCAAUGCAGUCAAGGCUGCCCUUAAGGCCGCCAUCGCCCUCUCAACCCCCGAGCUGCCCAUCAACGUGAACCUGAUCGCUCCGCCCCUUUACGUCGUGACGACUCACUCGCUCGAUAAGACUAAAGGUGUUGCACUAUUGGGGGAGGCGCUUGAGGCCAUCAAGAAAGUCAUCGAGGAGAAGGGUGGUGAUCUCAAGAUCAAGAUGGCGCCCCGUGCUGUCACGGAGACGGAUGAUAGCGAGCUUGCCAAGCUUAUGGAGAAGUUUGAAAAGGAGAACGAGGAGGGCUCUGGUGAUGAUGAUGAUGAUGAGUACAACGAAGAAGGCAUGGUUGGUCCUGACAUGUAAACUCGUGAAUUGCCUCUACUGUGUCCCCGUGUCGAAUGUCAAGUGCCGGAUUGAGCUUGUCUCUUUUUUUUUUUUGCAAACAAUUACAUCACCAUGCUG